AUGCGUAUACUGAGUUAUGGAAUGGCUGCUGAUAUGACAGAUGAGUACGUACGCAUUGGUGAAAGUACAGCGCUCGAUAGCGUGCGUCACUUUGUUCGUGCAGUUGUUGAAUUGUUUGGAGAUGAAUACCUCCGACAUCCCAAUGAGGCGGACACAGCACGCUUGCUUGCAAUGGGUGCGAAAAAAGGAUUUCCAGGAAUGCUAGGGUCUAUUGAUUGUAUGCAUUGGGCGUGGAAGAAUUAUCCAUAUGAGAAACAGGAUGGCAUCUACCCCCCUUGGGCUACUUUAAUCCAGUCUAUCAGUCGGCCUGUGGGCAACAAGAGGCAAUACUUUGCCAAAGCGCAAGAAGCAGCACGGAAGAUGGUGGAGAGGGCUUUCGGCGUUCUACAAUCUAGGUUCGCCAUUGUUCGUGGUGGGGCACGGUUUUGGGACAUUGAUACAUUAGCAGUAAUCAUGAGGGCUUGUGUUAUCAUGCAUAAUAUGAUCGUCGAAGAUGAAGGAUUCGUGGUAGACCAUAACGAGGAAUUUGAAAAUCAGGGUGACAAUGUGGAGAUAGUCAACUAA